UACUCGGGUCGAUCGUCUUCGUCGUCCCGCGACCUCCCUAGCUAUAAACGCAUCGUCUUCUCCACCCCUCACCUUCCUACCUCCUUCCCUUCUAAUUAGAGUCCUAGAGUCCUACUUCGAUCAUCUCGUCGAUUCGAUCCCUCGGGUUGAAGGUAGCAUCACCGCCAUGAAGCUUGGCGUGCCGUUCUUCGGUUCCUCCGGCGCCAAGAAGGAGGUCAGCAAGAGGACGAGGUCGAAGAACGGCAAGAGCGCCUCCUUCGGCUCCACCACGUCGUCUUCGUCCGAUGAGUGUGCGACCGUCACGAAGCGGCGCACCGUCCUGCCGCCGUCGGCAUCAGCGUCGGCUUCCGGGGCCAAGAGAAACCCGGCGCCCGUGACGAGGGAGGACCUGGAGAUCGCCCUGAGGCGGGUGGUCUCGAGCGAGGCGGAGCUGGCGGCGAUGCUCGCCGAGGCGGAGGCGGCCGGCCUCGCGCUGGAGGAUAUCGCGGCGGCGGAGGUGGAGGACGUGGGCGAGCUCAGGGAGACGUUCGCGGUGUUCGACGCCGACGGGGACGGCAGGAUCUCGGCCGAGGAGCUCCUGGCGGUGCUCGCGUCGCUCGGCGACGACCGGUGCUCCGUCGAGGACUGCCGGCGCAUGAUCGGCGGCGUGGACGUCGACGGCGACGGCUUCGUGUGCUUCAACGAGUUCACGCGCAUGAUGACGCAAGGGGUUUGAUAUGUCGGGUGUUGACGUGCCGUUGAUCCAUAUUUGUGCUGCUUUUAUGUGCAGCUGUUCUUUUGGUGGUCGUACGUCCAUGUCAAUACCUGUGUCCUCCGUCGUGCGAGGUGAAUCCAAAUUCCAACAGGAGUGCCUACCUCUAUUUUGUUCUUUUCGAAAUUCGAUCGGCCGUCAUAUAAUUUGUUUGUUUGGCUUGGCGAAUUGAGUGUUUUGAUACGUACACCACGUAGGGAUUCACCGGGCUCAAGGCUCAUUAUGUGGUAAUAAAGGAUAUACCUAGAGUUUGAAUUACACCCCAUCGCUUGGUAGGGUUUUGGAUUCUAGAAUUUCUGUUUAUUAUUCUGUUUUUCUGCUGAAUCAGAAUCAAAUCAUCCAAUGUUUGUUUA